CGAUAUUACAAGUAUGCACCAAUCAAUCAGAGAUUUAGACUAAAGUAAUCAAAUGUUUGGUCUAAUGAUAUUCUAUGUACUUUACUUCCUGUGGUCACCAGGACAGAGCUAGCCCGUCCUCCUCCACUCUGCCGGCGUCUCCGUGUCACAACUCUCCCGGUAUCGCCUUACUGCUGGGUCUGAAGAGGGUGUCUGUGCGGCUGGUCGACUGCAGGAAAACACCAGGGCAGAGUGGAACUGUGAGAGAAGGACACGAGGAGGGAGAUGGAGAUUUGAUUUCAUCAAGGGACAGCACUAACCAUUCUCUCAGUUGGAGGGGCUUGUCAUCUGUGGAGCCUCAACAACAUCGUAUUGCUGACGAAACAGAGAAGUGUCUCUAUCAAUCAGAACACCCCAAGAAACACCUGCAGAGAUGUAUAGGGAAGAAACCUCAAUACUGCUGCUCUGACUGUAGGAAGAGUUUCACUAGCAGGAGUGACUUCAUUAUUCACCAGUGGAUUCACACCCGAGAGAAACCGUACUGCUGCUCUCAGUGCGGGAAGAGUUUCACUGCUUCUAACGCCUUCCAAUCUCAUCUGCAAAUUCAUGCAGGGGAGAGGCCUUACCCUUGCCUUGAUUGUGAAAAGAGCUUCAAUCAGUCAAGCAACCUGACUACACACCAGCUAACACAAACUGGAGAGAAGCCUUAUAGCUGUGAUCAGUGUGGAAAGAGCUUUGCUGUAGCUUCCACCCUGAGUAGACACCAGGUUACACACACUGGAGAGAAGCCUUAUAGCUGUGAUCAGUGUGGGAAAAGCUUUGCUGUAGUUUCCUCCCUGAUUAGACACCAUCGAACACACACUGGAGAGAAGCCUUAUAGCUGUUAUCAGUGUGGAAAGAGCUUUGCUGUAUCAGAAAAACUAACUAUACACCAGCGAACACACACAGGAGAGAAGCCUUAUAGCUGUGAUCAGUGUGGGAAGAGCUUUGCUGUAGUUUCCUCCCUGAUUAGACACCAUCGAACACACACUGGGGAGAAGCCUUAUAGCUGUUAUCAGUGUGGAAAGAGCUUUGCUCUAUCAGAAAAACUAACUAUACACCAGCGAAUACACACAGGUGAGAAGCCUUAUCGCUGUGAUCAGUGUGGGAAGAGCUUUGCUGUAGCUUCCACCCUGAAUAGACACCAGCUAACACACAGUGGAGAGAAGCCUUAUAGCUGUGAUCAGUGUGGGAAGAGCUUUGCUGUAGUUUCCUCCCUGAUUAGACACCAUCAAACACACACUGGAGAGAAAACUUAUGUCUGUCUAUGUGGGAAGAGCUUUGCUCUAGCUUCCACCCUGACUACACACCAGCGAACACACACUGGAGAGAAGCCCUAUAGCUGUUAUCAGUGUGGCAAGAGCUUCAGUCAAUCAGUACACCUGAAUACACACCUGCGAACACACACAGGAGAGAAGCCUUACAGAUGUGAUCAUUGUGGAAAGAGCUUUAGUCAAUCAGUACACCUGAAUACACACCAGCGAACACACACAGGAGAGAAGCCUUACAGCUGUGAUCAUUGUGGAAAGAGCUUUAGUCAAUCAUUAAACCUGAAAACACACCAGCUAACACACACAGGAGAGAAACAUUAGAUAGACAUACAGUACCAGUCAAAAGUUUGGACACACCUACA